AUGCCCGGGUCGCCACGAACUCCACGACACUCGCGCAACUCAUCAGCAAUCGACAGCUUCGCAGGAUCACCCCAGAUCCGACGUUUCUCGAGAUCCUCCGCGCAAGAUGCCAUACCGUCGUUCCAGCACAGCCCAAAUCAACAUGAUGGUCUUGACCUAUCGGUAUUAGGCGGUGGCGGGUCAGGGGCCGGCAACGGAAUGGGAAAUCUAGCUGAUGAGUUGGCGGAUGCAUUUUCCGACUCAGGGGAAGAGGGCGACUACGACGCCGACCUGCAAGAGUACCAGAAAUCGACAGACCAGCCAGGAGGUGAUGAUGGAGCAACACGGGGCCAGUCGGCAAACGACGAGACAAAGAGAAAUGACGGCGAUGCAGGCCUUCUCUCGCCUCGCCAAAAGGGUCACCAAAGAAAAACCAGUCUAUAUGAUGGUAGCGAUUACGGCUCCGACUCAGACCUCGAUAUCGCAGGCAUACCUCCAAGUCUCAUGGCCAAGAUUGAUGCUGUCGAAAACCUCACAAUCCGCGGGACAGAUAACUACGGAGGCACAGCAGACGAUGUCUUGAAGCGGGUGAUCCAGGAGCUCCGUGACCUAGGGUCGCAAUCUAGCGUUGAGGGUAGCGCUUCGAGACUUAUAACAGCACACUCGGCGCUGACGACGCAUCUUGCGCACCAGACCCGUCAACUUCACAACCUCACCUUUCCCUUGCUAUCCCCGCUUGCGCCGGCCCCUGACGUCGAAACGAUUGAUACGCUUCUGCCGUUGCUCAUAUCCCUCACAGAAGACAUGCCACGACCGUCGACGUCGGCAUUCAACUCACUUACUGCGUUGCAUUCCAUCACAUCAGAACUGAUACAAUCACUGAGUUACCUUUCCGACACACUACACAUGUCUCGUCAGACAACAGCUGCAGCCAGUCGGAGGCUGAAGAGCGCCAAAGAGCUCGUUGCUGAAAUGAGAAAAGAGGAUGAGAUGAGGGAGCAGGGAGAGGAGUGGCUUACUAGAGGAAACUGGAGCGAACGGCUAGAGAAAAGGGAAUGUGCAAGCGUAUGCGGCGAGGUAAUUGGCGGGUUUGAAGAGGUUUGCAAUGGCUGGAGAGAACGACUUUUGGCCCAAGCAGAAUCCCAGGCGUAA